GGGAAAAGCGGGCUGGGGCGGCCGCUGUCGACUCGCCUCAGCCCUGGCUGCCGGGAGAGGAGGAGGAGGCGGCGGCGACGACGGCGGCAACGACGACGGGCGAGAGAGCCGAGCCGCGGGGAGGGAGCGGGCCAGCCACCGAGAGGCGGCGAGCAGCGGGGCCGCCAUGUCUCAGGCUGUGCAGACGAAUGGAACGCAGCCUUUGAGCAAAACAUGGGAGCUCAGCUUGUAUGAACUUCAAAGAACACCUCAGGAAGCAAUAACAGAUGGCUUAGAAAUAGUGGUAUCACCACGAAGCCUCCACAGUGAGCUGAUGUGUCCCAUUUGCUUGGAUAUGUUGAAGAACACCAUGACUACUAAGGAAUGUCUGCAUCGUUUUUGUGCUGAUUGUAUCAUCACAGCCCUGAGAAGUGGAAACAAAGAAUGCCCUACUUGCCGUAAAAAGCUUGUGUCUAAGAGGUCACUGAGACCAGACCCAAACUUUGAUGCCCUUAUCAGUAAAAUUUAUCCAAGUCGUGAUGAAUAUGAAGCCCAUCAGGAGAGAGUUCUAGCAAGGAUCAGUAAGCACAAUAACCAGCAGGCUCUGAGCCAUAGCAUUGAGGAGGGUCUGAAAAUCCAGGCCCUGAACAGGUUGCAGAGAGGCAAGAAGCAACAGAUAGAGAAUGGCAGUGGAGCAGAAGACAAUGGGGACAGUUCGCAUUGUAGUAAUGCUUCAACUCACAGUAAUCAAGAAGCUGGGCCAAGUAACAAAAGGACAAAAACCUCUGAUGAUUCUGGGCUAGAAUUGGAUAAUAAUAAUACGACAGUUGCCAUAGACACAGUAUUGGAUGGUGCAAGUGAAAUAGAACUAGUUUUCCGACCCCAUCCUACACUAAUGGAAAAUGAUGACAGUGCACAGACAAGGUACAUAAAGACCUCUGGCAAUGCCACAGUUGAUCACUUGUCCAAGUACCUAGCUGUGAGAUUGGCCUUGGAAGAACUCCGAAGCAAAGGAGAGUCAAAUCAGAUGAAUCUUGAAACAGCCAGUGAGAAGCAGUACACAAUUUAUAUUGCUACAGCUAAUGGCCAGUUUACUGUUUUAAAUGGCUCCUUUUCCUUGGAGCUGGUCAGUGAAAAGUACUGGAAAGUGAAUAAGCCCAUGGAGCUGUACUAUGCACCAACAAAGGAACACAAAUAAGACUGACAAAGGCUUUGAGUUGGAACUGUAAUGGCUUUUAUAGCUUUGAUUUACUUUAAAUAAGCGAAACACCAUCUUCUGCAUCGUG